CAGUUGUUUGCAUCUCGAGACCAAGCUACAGUCAAAGCAUUUGGCCAUCUUGUAGACCGAACAUCAAAACGAGAGAAUAAAAUUGAUGAAGUUGCCGUUAAGCUCCAGGGAGAGCUUGAUUCUUUAUCUGACUUUCUUGAUAAUAUAGCCAUGCGUCGC